AGAUAAUUUUGACGUUUCGCUCGAUAGAAGUUUUCUUCCAAUUCUUCCGAACGAUAUCGCCGACGAAGUUAAUAUUUCUCAAUAUUUGCGUCAUUAAACAUGUUACGAAAUUCAUUAAAAGUUCUACGAACAACAAACUCUUGUGGCCGCGUCUGUACAUCCGCCAUAAACAGGCAUGGUGACCUUAGGCAGUUCAGUGGAUUAUCACGAUCGUCGGAGGAAAUUAAGAUUGUAACUAGAAGUCAGAUCUUGCCAAAUAUGUGCCCAUGUCGGACGAUGUUCAUACAAACACAAGACACCCCUAACCCUAACAGUUUGAAAUUCCUACCGGGAACCAAAGUUCUCGAGGCUGGGCAAACGUUAGACUUUCCCAACAUUGGGGCAGCCAAAUGCAGUCCUUUAGCAAAAAUGCUAUUCCGCAUCGAAGGUGUGAAGUCAGUUUUCUUCGGGCCUGAAUUCAUAACAGUUACGAAACAAGAUGAUGAUACCGAAUGGAAACUGUUGAAACCGGAAAUAUAUGCAACUAUUAUGGACUUCUUUGCCAGUGGUCUGCCAAUAGUUACUGAUGCUAAACCUUCUGGAGACACUCAAAUAAACGAUGACGAUGAUGAAAUAGUGCAAAUGAUAAAAGAACUUUUGGAUACACGUAUCAGACCAACCGUUCAGGAGGACGGCGGUGAUGUACUGUUUGUAGACUUUAAAGAUGGACUGUUAAGGCUCAAAAUGCAGGGCUCAUGUUCUUCAUGUCCCAGUUCCAUAGUCACCCUAAAGAAUGGGGUCCAAAAUAUGAUGCAGUUUUAUAUCCCAGAAGUAAUUGCAGUUGAACAAAUAGACCAUGAUGAAACUGAUGAACUUAGCGAAAAAGUGUUCAAAGAAUUUGAGCAACUGAAGACAAAGGAAAAGAAAAGUGACUCAAAAGAAUGAAUCUGAAGUUAAUAUUUAUUAUAAUCAUUAUUGUUUUUUAGCAAAUGUAUGUUAUGUAUUAUGUAUAUAGGUAGUCCCAUCCAUUCGUAAUGUAGAUAUGAAUUAAUUUGUCAAAUUAAAAAUCUAUCGCGUAAAAA